UCCUCUUUAUUUACGUCAACAUAUGCGGAAGGAUAAAAAAUAUUGGUGUUGUUUGAUGUGUUUUGGUGCAGAAUUUCGUCAACAAUGACCGAUUAAAUAAUCUACUUUGAAUGACAAAAUAUUUGUGAGAUAUGGGCAACUGUUUUAAAACACCAAGUACGGACGACAUUACGCUGUUACAUGACAAUGACAGCCAAGAUGGAACUCAGCAAGCAGCUCCUGUUCCAGUGGGACCUCCACCACCAUAUCAGGAGCGAGCUCCAGUGUAUUAUCCAUCACCCAAUGUCAGUCGACCAGCUAAUAUGCUUACAGAAGAUGAACAGAUAAAGAUUGCCCAGCGAUUAGGUCUUAUAAGUCAUUUACCUUUAGGAGUUUAUGAUGGAUGUAGUAAACGAGGAAAAGAGUGUGCAAUUUGUAUGUGUGAGUUUGUUAUGGGUGAAGCCUUACGAUAUUUACCUUGUAUGCAUGUGUACCACAAAGACUGUAUAGAUGACUGGUUAAUGAGAUCUUUUACUUGUCCAUCUUGUUGUGAACCAGUAGAUGCUGCACUUCUUACGACGUAUGAAACUAAUUGAUGGUACAUUCUUCGUUCUAAAAUUCGGUGCUACUUGGAUGAGGGAAUAAUUUGUUUACAGGCUGUGAUCUCACAAAGGAUAACAAAAAGGGCUUUCAAUAUUGUUGCAAUUUUUAAUGUUGCAGAUUAAGAAGUUGAAUGUAUUCUGAUUUUGUUAUAAAGUGAAGGAAGACAUUUUUAGUCAGUGAUUUGUCCAUUAGAUUAGAAGUUGUGUAAAAUGGCAGUCAAACACUAUUUUUUGGUUUGAAAAAAAAGAUCUAGCGUAAUAUUAUUAGAUUUGCAAUACCAAGGCAAAUUUUAAAGAUAAUUUUAGCUUUUUUUUCGAAAGAAAAUACAUGUGCAAUGAAAACUUAUGCAUAUACAUGUAGUUAUUGUCUAGUUUGAGUAUAUAUGUGUGAUAAUGUACAUCUGUGAUUGUAUGUAACAAGUUAUACAGGUCUGUUGUGUGUGAGUGCUCAAGUGUUCUUUUUUCACAUGUCUGUGUGUGAGUGCUAGAGUGAUUUUUUUUCAUGAAAAACUCAAUGAUAUUUGAAUGCUUCAGGUUAUUAUGAGUUGAAACUAACAUGUCUUCAAGAAAGCUCUUUGAAAUAUUUUCUUAUCUUGACUUCCUCUGAUAUUCAACUUAACAUUUAUAAAGUUUUUUUGUGGCUUUCUCACUAAUAUUUUCCAACAGUAUUUCACAUUUUAUCACUAAAAUCUAUGUGCCUACAGUGUUUUUUCUAAGAAAAAGGCAAUAUGCAUAUAAAUAUAACAAAAUAUUCACUUUAGAUUUCAGAAAAAAGACAAAUUUACUUAUUCUUGUUUAAGCUGCUUUUUGUGUACAGAAUGAAAGGAUGAGGGAAAUAACGUAGUUUUUGCAUUCCAAUUUGUAUCUUCUUUAGUUCUGUUCUGGAAAAAAUUCUACUAUUUUAUUUGUAAUUUCUUUUGUCUCAGUUUUUUUAUUUGGCUGUUGUUAAUUCAGAUCAAUGCACAUUUCAAGUAUCAAUAUAUUACGUAUAUUUAGGGAAUUCUAUCUUGCAAAGUAUAUAAAUUGUUACAAUCAUUUUUUGUGGUCUUUGUCUACCUAUUGAUAAUUUCUAGUAGAUAAAAUGGACAGCUGUGAUAAUUAAAUUUUGUAUAAUGUAAUAACAUAUGAAUUAUUGAUUAUAAAACAAAUAAUGUUAGAAAUUUGCAUAAUGUUGAAAUUGAUUUUUGAAAUCCAUCGCAAUCAGUAUUGUGAUUGAAGAUAGGAAAAAUAUAUUAGUCAGGAAUGUUGUAGAUGUUAUUAAGAAGUAUGAAAUUGAACAUAAUAAUAUAAGAUUAAUCUGUCUCAAUGUUUUCCUGGAAAUCUUUGGAAUUUUCAAGGUGUUUAGUUUAAGAAAUAAUAUCUGAUUUAUGAGUUAGUCAGACUAAUUUAGUUCUUCAAUUUAAGGGGAUAAACAUAUUUGAAAAGGAAAACAAUUGUAUUGUCCUUUUGAAAAACAAAAACCAUUUUUAAAUAGAAAAAUUGUAUGGCAACAUUUUGUGUCUUGAUAAUAUUUGUAAAAAUAAAGUCUGCUAUUUAGCAAUACAGUAAUAUGAAUUUUUAUUAUUAAUUAUAGAACAGGGAAGUAAAUUUUGUUUUUUUUUGGUUUCCUUUUAAAUAUCAAUAGAUACAUCUGAAAUUUUUUGUGUUUUGUCUGUCGAAUUCUAUGAAAUUAUUAAUGGCAUUGGUGAAUGAAAAUUCUAGUAAAUAAAAAUCAAACUUUAUCCGGCCUUACAGAGAAUAUUAUACAUGAAAAUGAAAAAAAAGAUGGAUGUUUAAAUAUUGUUUGUUUUAAUUCGUUAUCAAGUGGGGAUUGCAAAUUUGAAAGGACUUGGUUCUUCAUAAAAGUCACUCUCUAUAAUUCUCUGGCUGGAAGGAUGUAAAUUUUUUUAAAUGAUCUGAAAUUACUCAUUCAAAUUAAACAAAUUUCUGAAUUAAAAGAAAGACUCCAAAAUUUCCUUCUUCUGUUUUUAUUUAAAAGGAUAAGUCAGAUGGUGGUUUUUGUAAAGAAAGACAUAUCCACCUUAUAUUAUGCAUGUUGUUUUUUAUAUAAAUAUUUAAUGUGAUAUGAAUAAAUGGUAAUCUAUGAGACAGUAUUGCUGCAUUUAAUUAUGACUCGCCAAUUCUCCAAAAUGCAUUUGAAUUAUCUCCCUUUGGCCAUUUUCAUCUCAAUAAUUGAUAUUAUAGAUAGAUGGCAUAAUAAAUUCCAUAGCUGCAUUUAUACAUGUAAGUGAGUGUUUUAAUCUCCACAGAUUCCUUAGCAUACAAGGUCCAUGUGUUUAAGUUCAUCAGUGAGAGUCCUCAGUCUUAAGAUUACUGACUGUUUAUGUUGUUUUAUAGUGAUUCAGAUUAAAAGUAUCUCAAUCUGUAAAUACAUUUUACAAAAGUUAUUGUUAAAACCUUAAUAAAUUAUUAUCAUUCAAAAAUGGAUAUGCUUAUAAAAUAGAUUAUGUUAUAUUGUUAUAUACAAUGUAUAAAGUUUUUCCUAUUUUUUUGUGCAAGGGUUGAAAAUAUAGCUUAAAUGUAGUAUGAGGUCCCGACUGCCCUUUUCAAGUGAUACCUCUGAAAACUGUCCUUCAAACUGUGAAUUUAUGUUAUUGACCUUUCUUCUACUUCAAUUUUUCUAGAAUAUAGGCAUAGAAGUGCCACAUCACUUAAAUUUAUUUACGGUCACAAAAUCUGUGUUGAUGUAUUUCAGAUAAUGUUUGUCAAAUUUGUAUAGUGGGGAACCAGUUCCAGUUUAUUAGUAAUUUAGUUACAUCGAUUUCAAAAUUACUUUAUCUUCCAAUUUAAGUCGAGAUAAAAACCUCAGAAUGAAAGUAGACAGAUAAUUUGUUUCAGAGUAAAUAUAAAUAGUAAAAAAUAUCAAAAUUCAAUAUAGGAGUAAUAAUGGCAAUAUAUAUCUCAAACCAUGGAAAUGGCUUUAUUUCAAAUUAUAAAUUAUGGUAUUGCAGAGUUUUUUCUGCUUCCUGGGAUUUCCAUUUAUAUUCAAAUUAUCUUGAAUGAUCAAAGCUAUGUUGUCUUGGGAUGAAUUUACAUAAAAUAUAUUGCACUGUCUGCUGAGAUAAAUAUUCUGUCAAAAAGAUAUACAUAUUUUAAACAAAUUAUUUUUGAGUGCAGUUUGUGAACUUUGUAUGACUGCAUCUGCAUGAAGAUUUAAACAUUUGUAUUAAAAUGUUCAAUAUUUGAAGGUUGAGUUGUAUGUUAUAAGAAAUAGUACCAAUAUUAGGAUUUCUCUGAAGCAUCUGGUACAGUUCCAAAACUUUUAUGAUUUUACUGUUGGUAAUAAGUUGUAGAUUAAGUUGUCUUUGUGUUUCAAAAUGAAAUACUUCAGUCAUUCAGAACCUGAAUGUGAAACCAAUAUAUUGUAAUGUUAUAACUUAAUUACUCAAUGUAAAUAUUAUAUUACAAUGUUAUAACUUAUUACUCAAUGUUUUUCUUUCUCAAAUAAGUUUUUAUGCAUGAAACAGAAAUGACAAUAUUUGGACAAUUAAGGAUGUUUGCUACUCUUCUUCAAAAUAACAAGCUUUUUAAAAGACUGCUAUAAAUCGAUAGUAUAUAAAUAAAGGAACUAAAAAAGCAGAAAAAAUGAAGGGUCUGUGUGCUUGUUUUCAAGAUAUAAGCCAUUGAAAAUUUGGCUGGAAAAAAUUCUCUCUUGACUUUUCAUACAUUUAACAUUGGCACCUUUUUUGUUUCAAAAACUGUGAAAAAAUAACAAGGAUUCUAUAGGAUUUUCAAAUAUGGCUUUUUAAACUAUAUGUAAUAAAAUUAUAAAGAGAAAAGUAGGGGUUAGCGGGCCAAAUUUUUAAUGGCACUACAUGGAUAAAACCAGAGGAUUCCGAAUAUCUGGCAAACUUUUAAAUAGCCUGGCAUCCUGACCCAAUCUAGUACUUCGUCGAUAGGGCCAGGCGUAAUACAAUCCACAUGACCAACUAUCAGCUCUGAACAGGACUGAAUUACUGCGCAUGUGCAUGUUCUAUAAACAAGAAAUAUAUCGAUCACAUCGUUAAUUAACUGGUGAUUCAAGAUGUUAAUCAAUAACGUUUGGAUUAUAUUGUUAAAUUUUUCGAAAUUUGCAUUUCAUAUGAAAUUUGAAAUAAUUUUCAAUAAAUUCGUGGCAAUACAAAUAUUUCCCGCCAUGUGUCAAGAAAUGACGCUAUCCCAGGAUGCAUCAUUCUAACAUCCAAUUAACGAAACCAUGUCGUUGUACUUCGCCUGGCUCUACUGUCGAGCAGUGAGCCAGGAUCCCAGGCUAACAUUUAAAAACAAGAGGAGUGAACAUCCUUAAAGCAAAUAUUUUAAUGUUAAAAUUCAAAUCGACAUUUUUAAUGGUAAAAAUUAUUAGAUUAGGAACUUUUUUUCUUGAAUCCUUAAACCAUAACUCUUAUCAUAUCCAUGUAAUAUAUUGUUUUUGUAGAGUUCUAUAUUUAUUUCCUGAAUUAUCUUGGAAGUUGUCCAAUUUUCUGUAAAUCCUUUUGAUUUCUUACAUACUUUGCUUUAUUUUUCCUAUCCAGUUAAAAGAUGGAAUAUUUAAUGGGUAUGCCAUAGUUUUAACAUUUAUUUGAUCCUAGUUAAAACUCACCUUAUAGCUAGCGAAAGAUUUGAAUUUAUAUGCCAGAUGUGAAUUUUUCUCAGAUUUAUCAUUAACUAAAUUCAAUUGAAAUUAAUUUCCUGGUAGCUCAGUAAUAUGUUUUAAAAUUUAAGGGGAAAAUUGUGUUCUGGGCCUUUCUAUGUUCAUGACCAAAAUUUCAGCAUUUGGUUACCAAAUUUUGGUAUAAAUCACCCAUUUAUAAUUUUAUUUCUUAUGAAUAAGAAAAAAGUCUUCAUAUUAAAAUUCAUAGUAAAGUCAUUACAGAUUACUUGUGUUCAUUUUCUUUACCAAAUUUUAAAAUGUGUCCAUAUAUACUAGUUUAAAAUUUAGAUACUUGUUUUUGUACACAAAAAUAUUUUUACAUAAUUUCUUAUACAUGCACUAGUUAAAAUUUAACAAGUAUAUUAACAGAAGUAAAAACUUGAUUUCAAGUUGGGAAUACUUCGUUUUUCUUGAAAAUUCUUUGAUUUUCUUGACUUGUCAUAUUUUUCAUCUACAAUCGAGGGUCUGGAUUGAGGUCUUCAUUUCUUUGUUCUUUAAUUAUUUAGGCCAUUCUUCUCUAUUCUUUGUUUCCAUUAUUUAUUAUUUUGGCCAAUUUUUCUCUAUUCUCUAAAUCCCAUUCAGACCCUCAUAUACAAACCCUUAUGGGAUUCAGUGAAGGGUCGUUCGUUAAUUCAGAUAUGAUUCAUUUGUUUGAACGAGGGCUCACGUUAUAAUGGUUCUAUUUAUUGGUUUUUGUUAAAUUUAUUUAUUAAGGUUUAUGUUGUGUUAGAUUGUAUUCAGUUUCAUUAUUUUUAUUAUGUUAUUAAUAUUUUAAGCUUGUUUGUUAAUUUUAUGUAAAAAUAUGUGCUCUUAUGUGAUUUUCUUUAUGAUUUAUAUGUACAAAAUGUAGCUUUACUCUUAUUGUUUUCCAGGGCUUUAAAUUCUAUACAUGCACUUGCAUUCAUUGCUUUGAACUCCAUAUCAAGAAAAAUGUUUAAAGCAUCUGUAAUACGAGCCUUCAUGACCUUGAUUUUCUUGAAAUAUGUGUUAAAAUUCCAUAUAUUAGGUUGUUUUUUUUAAAAUGGCAAAAUGUUCAUUUCAUUUUUGGAGUUAUAAACUAUUAUAAUUGUGGUAAUUACAAAAAAAAGAUAUACAUCAUUUUAAACAAAGAGUGAAAAUGUGAAAGAUCCUCUUUUUUCCAGGUCACAAUUAAAGUAAAAAGGAACAAUUACUUAAUUGUUUGAUAAAAUGAUGCGAUAAUUUUGUUCUUGCAUUUCUAUUAUCAAAUUUUUUAUAUAUUUAUUGUUUACGAUGGACAUAAUGGCUUUGUUUCUAGGAAAAUCAAAUGAUUUUUUACAUUUCAAUCAUUAUACAUUUGUAUGAGUGGUCAUAUUUAAAGUAAUCGUUUUACAUGUUUUUUCAUCUUGACUAUGUUAUAUGAAAUUUUUCUCUCACAACAUAAUGUGAGAAAGAUGAAUAAAAGAUCUUUAAAUAA